AUGGAGAACCUCCUCCUCUAUGUUUCUGAGCAUACCGGCGCUCCUUGGUGGGCCAUCAUCGUCGGAUGCACCCUGGCUGUCCGUGUAGCCAUUCUGCCGCUUGUAAUCAAGGGUCAAGCAAAUGCUGCUAGACUGGCCAAUAUUCAGGAGGAGACAAAGGCGAUCAUGGAGGACGUCACCUACCACAAGCAGCACCAGGAUAUGAGGUCGGCUCAAACGUCUAUGCUGCAGAUUCACGGACUGUGGAAGGAGCACAACUGUCAUCCUCUCAAGUCCUUUAUCCUCCCAGCUACUCAGAUGCCCCUCUUCGUGUCUUUCUUCUUUGCCCUCAAGGCUCUUGCCGAGCAAGGACUGGACACGCUCAAGAGCGGCGGACUUGGAUGGGCCACAGAUCUGACUGCGCCCGACCCCCUGUACAUCGGUCCGGUUCUGACCGCCGCUACCUCUCUCGCCACACUAGAGACAGGCGCCGAGUUUGGCAACCAAGGAGCCUCAGACCCAGGAACAGCAAAGAAUAUCAAGAUUGGCCUGAGGGCAGUUACCUGCUUGAUGCCCUUCCUGGUGUACCACCUUCCCGCCGCCGUCUUCUACUACUGGAUCACAAACAAUCUCUUUUCCCUCUCCCAGAUGCUCGUACUCAAGAUUCCUUCCGUGAGAGCAUACUAUAAGAUUCCAGCACGCAAGAAGUUGCCU